AUGCCACCCUCUAUACAGACCUUCAAGAUACGCUUAGCAUAUGCUAGCCGCGGCCUGUCCACAGCCUCGAGUGCCCAUGCGGCAUGUCUUGCAAGUCAUAGCAAAUACAGAUUCUACUCUGCCGCUUCGCUGCCAUCGGCGAGUGCCGUUAUAGUGGGAGGCGGACCAGGCGGUAUCACUGUAUUAGGGAAUCUACUCGAGCACAGCGCCCAACUUUCAGCCGAUCAAGGAAAGUUGGUGUGGGUUGAUCCUCAAUUUCAAGGCGGCCGUGUCAACCUACGUUAUCGAGAAGUGCCUAGCAACACCAAAGUCAGCCUAUUUGUGCAGUUUGCACAUGACGUCUCGCCUUUCAGAACGAUCGCUGAGGCAACCCCCAAACCGAAUGCCUUGACAGCAUUACAAGAACUGCCCCAGGACAAGGGGUGUCGUCUUAGCUAUGCCGCCGAUAUGUGCUUGAUGCUCACCAAAGGGUUGACUGUGCAUCCCCAGGUUCAUUCACACGAAGGCAAAGUUACGAGUGCGACUCUUGACGAACGCACAGACACCUGGACAGUGACCUUCGAAAAUGGCCAGUCUGUCGAAACACCCAAGAUAGCUCUUUGCACAGGUUCCAGGCCGGUUUCCACGACAUUACCCGGUACUGAGAACAUUCAAAAUCUAUCACCAAUAGACUUGGAUGUAGCUCUUAUGCCGUCUGCAUUAGUUACAAUAUUUGACCCUGCUGCCAGGACCACAGUCGCCGUCGUUGGUGCCUCUCAUUCGGCGAUUUUGGUACUCAUGAAUCUCGUCAACCUUGCCAGCUCAUCUCAUCCUCAUCUACGGAUCAAGUGGUUUACACGGAAUAAACUCCGCUAUGCCGAAUACAUGGAUGGCUGGAUAUUACGUGAUAACACUGGUCUAAAGGGGCAAGCAGCAGAGUGGGCACGUCAAAACCUGGAUGAUGAAGCAUUCCCCAAUAGCCCAGUUAAUCAGUUCAUCAAAAAGGUCUGGACGUCCGGCAGGGAAGAAGAAGUCUAUAAGCAAGAGUUGCCCGAAUGCACGCACAUUAUCCAGGCCGUGGGCUAUGCUCGCAACCCAUUGCCUCGUCUUGAAGUCAUUGAGAAAGAUGGAGGCGAUGCCAAGUCCCUGCAGGUAGAAUAUGACAACCUAAGUGGGCGUUUCUUUAAGCAGGAUGGCGCAAAGUUAGAAAAUGAGAAGAAAUAUGUGCCUGGGUUAUUCGGCGCUGGCAUUGCUUUCCCAGAACGCGUGACCGAUCCCCAUGGGAACGUUGAACAUGCUGUUGGCUUCUGGAAGUUCAUGAAGUUCGUUAAAAAGGUUGUACCUGAAUGGAUUAAAUCCUAG